AUGUAUGCCAUGUGCUUGUUAUGCGGCAUCUUGCCGACCGACAAACGGAGCCUGGUGAUCUUGGGUGUGCAAACAUUUGCCACCAUUGCGAUUUUGGUAUGGGUACUGUGGUAUGUCCAAUGCGGCACACAGGGAAAUGAUUCACUAUUGGGGAUGAUUGCUUGUGGCGGUUCGCUACUCGCCCUCGGCUGGCCGCUUUUACAAUAUUCUCACGGGGAAGGUACGGUGGAGAGCCUGAAUAAUGGCGUCAAAAAAAAUGGCUUGAAGGCUUUCUCUGGUGCUGUUCUACUCAGAGCAUCGCCGGAGCUGGCGGCAUUUGCAUCCUCGGUCUCUUGGGCCCUGUAUGGGACAACCCUUGACUUUAACAUGAACAUCAUUUUGCCAAACAUAAUUUCAGCGCUUUUCUCGAUAAUGCAGCUGUUUAGACCAAAGGAUGGCCGCCUUGUCAGGGUUGACCCGUCUGCUUGUGAGAUCUCAUCUGCCACUAAAGCCACCGAGGCCAACGAUGCUGCAGAUGAGAUGCACAUCAUUCAAAUGCCAUACACUGUCGAGAUUCGACCACAAACUAUUUCCGUGGGUGUACGAUAG